UACGCCACUGCCUCCAGACCCAAAUGCCGCUUCAGACUGUUUAAACAAGGAAUGGGAGGGACUUUAUGAUCUGUGGGUUUUGAUUGGUGCAACGCUCCAGGCAUAGCAUACAGUGAUUGGAUGGAACUGUUGUGACCUGUGACCGCGGAAAUUCAUCACUUCGAGACUUUCGCUCCUCGUUUGCCGUGGGUUGUUGCUGUUCCUGUCUCGUUAGGUUUUUUUAAUUUUAUUUUGAAGCUUUAGGAAGUUCUGCACGAUCAUGCCUUAUGAUAACCGCUGCAUGGAGACGCUGGACGCUCUCCGUAACUCCAGCAAAGGAAAGCUGACCUACAAUCCGGAGGGUCCUUGGUUUAUCGAGGACAUUCAAGAUAACUCUGACUUCAUCCUUGGCCUUUCUCCUCAACCUGACUGGGUUUACGAGCGCCUUAAUCAUGAAAAAGACUCCUCAUUCCGUGUGAUCCAUGGUCUCUCGGGCAGUCCUUCUGUUUCUCCUUCACCUUCCCCAUCAUCAUGUCAGGAGGUUAAGAAAGAAGAACAGCAGCUGGAGGAGGAGGAGGAGGAGGAGUCGAAGAUGGAAGUGCAGACUGCAGAUGAGGAGAAGCCACAGGAUGACCCCAGCACACAAACUGCCCUGUUGUCUCCACAUGAUACACAAGUUCAGGGCUGUAUCUGCCUUUUUGAAGAGAUUCACAGGGGAAAGGCAAAGGAGCAGCUGAUGCAGCGGCAGGAGACCCAGGCGCUGGUGAUGGAGGACAUUGCCAACCAAGAACUUGAGCAAAUGAAACGCUUUGAUGAACUGAAGGCACUGAAACAGCGUCAGGAGCUGCAGCGGCUUCGAGAUGUGGAGGAGCAGAGCUCCCAGGAAGCUUUGGGGCGUCAAGAGAAGAUACGAGAAAAGAUGAGAGAAGAAUACCGUACUAGAGCAAAGAUGCGGGAAGCUCGGGAAGCAGAGGUCCAGCGACAGAGGGAAGCAGAACUCCUGCGUCAACGGCAGAUGGAGGGGCGAGAGCGCCUGCGAAGGUUGAACUCGAUCCAGGAGGAGGUGCUGCAGUUACAGCUGCUUAUCGACCCUGCAGUUUCUCAAACUGGCAGUGAGUUGUCAGAGUACAGGAUUCGUGGCAACCAGUUAUGUGGCUUCAUUUCUGAGGUCAUACAGGCAAGCUCACAGACACAGUUUCCAACCCCUGAAGACGUGUCCAACAGUGAAAAGGCUCUACAGGACAUGAGGGGAAUGAUUUCCUCCAUGCAGCAAGAAGUUACUCAAGCCUUACAGUUGAAGAAGAGGAAAGAAGAGGAGGAACUAGCAAGACAACAGCAGACUGUGCAGCAGAAAGCAAAUGAGCCUGUGCAGCCAUCUCCAGCUCCCAGCUCUGGACAGAAAGUGAAAGUGAAAAAAGAAGGGCUGCAGACGAAAGCCGAGCCCACCACUCUAGAGAGGUACCGGCAGCUGCAAGACCUGUGCAGUCAGUGUGCCCAGUCGUUUGAGGAUCUGAACAGCAGCAGAGACUCCCAGACUAAGAAACUGAAAAUGGAAUUGCAGAAAGCAGCAUCUAUACCAGUCAGUCAGAUCUCUUCCAUCUCAGGUUCAAAGCUAAGAGAGGUCUUCGACAAGAUCAGCAUGCUGCUGUCGGGGCGACUGGUACAGUCUGGUGGAAAGUCCAUCUCUGUCACUCAGCACCCACAAGGACUGGACUUUGUGUGUUUCAAGCUGGCAGAGAAAUUUGUGAAACAAGGCGAAGAAGAGGUGGCAUCGCAUCAUGAGGCAGCUUUCCCCAUUGCCAUCGUGGCCUCUGGAAUUUCUGAGCUGUAUCCCAAAGUGGGCGACCUCAUACUUGCACAUUUGCACAAGAAGUGUCCAUAUGCAGUUCCCUUUUAUCCUCCAAUGAAGGAUGGCAUGUCUGUCGAGGAUUACCAGAGGGUUUUGGGUUACCGCGUAGAAGGCUCUACGGUGGAAUCUCAGGACAGCUUCAUGAAGAGGAUGUCUGGAAUGAUCCGGCUGUAUGCUGCUAUGAUACAACUGCGAUGGCCCUACGGCAACAAGCAAGCGCCAUGUUCUUUUGGACUGGACUUGGGCUGGUGUUGGCUCGCACAAAUCCUGGACAUGGAGCCCCUGGCGGACGUUACUGCCACACUGCUGUUUGAUUUCUUGGAGGUCUGUGGCAAUGCUCUCGUGAAUCAGUAUCAAGGGCAAUUCUGGAAGUUAAUCCUACUGAUUAAAGAAGAGUAUUUUAAAAGGAUUGAAGCUGUAACUAGCACGGGACAGAUGGGCUCCUUGAUGAGACUCAAGCAGUUUCUGGAGGCAAGUAUCCUGUUGUUUAAUUAUGACAAAAUCGUAAACUGCAAAAUUUAUAGAAAAAGCAAGUUAGCAGUGCAGGCGUUUUUAUAAACACAUUGGUAAUGC